CUAGUAAUGUAAUGUUGGAAAAUGUCUUAAGGAUGUCAAAUUAUCUUUUAUUUCUAGAGGACUUGGUUGGAAUAAUUGGUAUUAAAGAUAAACAUAAAAUUAUAGAUUUAAGUAGAAAACUUGGAACCGUGGAAACAUUAACAGAAAGUAGAAUUCACUGUAAACUGGAAGAAAAGGAUCUUUAUUUAUAUUAUUUUCUUGCCAUUUAUCCUGGGCGCACAUUAAUAUUUUGCAACAGUAUCGAUUGUGUCAGGAGGUUGAGAAGCAUAUUAAGUUUGCUAGGUUACGAUCCUCUUCCGCUACAUGCUUCCAUGCAUCAGCGACAGAGAUUAAAAAAUCUCGAUCGAUUCGCUUCCAAGGAUAACAGCCUCUUACUGGCUACGGAUGUGGCUGCCAGAGGAUUAGAUAUUGUCGGCAUUGAACACGUCGUUCAUUAUCAAGUUCCUCGUACUGCAGAGAUAUAUGUGCACAGAAGUGGCCGGACUGCUCGAGCAAUGAAAGAGGGGCUCAGUCUCAUGCUAAUCGAGCCCAAAGAAUCAUUUUACUAUCGUCAAUUAUGUAAAGCGUUAAAUAGGGAUCAAGAUUUGCCCCUCUUUCCACUGGAUAUGACACUUUUGAAACCUAUCCAAGAAAGAAUAGCUUUAGUGCAUAGAAUUGACAAGAUCGAGCACACAAACCGUAAACGCGUAGCCGAAAAUAGUUGGCUUCAGCAUGCAGUUAAAGAAAUGGAUAUAGAAUUGGAUGAAGACGAAAUGACUAAACUGCAAAAGGGAGGUUCUAAUAAAGAAUUAACUGUUCUUAAAAAGCAGCUGGAUUCUUUACUGAAAAAAUCUCUUAGACUUCAAGGCUAUUGUGGAAGUCACAUAACUAAGAGUGGGAAACUCUCUUUAGGUCAAGAUAAAAUUACGAAUUGGAAAAAAUUAAAAGAAAUUCAGUCAGUGUAAAUAUUUUGUAUAUAGUUUU